AUGAUAGAUUUUUUCAUAUAUUCUAAUUAUAAUUUAUUUGCAGACGAGGAUAAUGCACAUGGUGUGCAGUUCAUAACUUUGAAAAAUACUGAAAGAUUAUUCAUUUAUCAUAAAUAUGGUGGUAAACUUGUAGAUCCUUAUCAAGUUUAUGAUGAAAUUGUCGUUUCCGAUGGUAUUAAUGGAAUAACAAGUGUGAUAACUAAAUUAAAUAGAAAAAUUUUCAUUGAAAAUGGUAAUGUUUGUGUCACAGAUGGAAUAAAUGGAAUCGAUGAAAAUAAAUUGCAACAAUUAUCAAACAAUACCUCAUAUAUUUAUACUUUACCUAUUUUUAAAAUUAUACAAAGUAUGCUUAAUGAAAUCAUUGACCAAGUGGACAUUAAAAAGGUUGUAGAUAAAGUUGAAAUUAAUAAAAAUCUUUGGAUUGAGGAUAAUGAUAUUAAUUUUAGACAUGAUUAA